AAUGGGGUGUUAAUAUUUCAGAGUAAAGUUAUUUUAACCCAGAUAGAGUAUUUUCAACAUUUUUGAGAGUAAAGUUGCUCUAUCAGUGGAGUUAAAAGUGAGUGUAAAAAUCUGCAGAUACGCAGUGACAAUUUCAACUCUACAGCAGUGAUGAAUACCCGCCACUCUGCUUUGCUGAAGUUUGGCACGUACGUUGGUGGAGGAAGAUUGCGAAGGAGUAGCUAGGCCACAGAUAUUGCUAGGUAAGUUACAUCCCCGUUUUUUCAACACCAAACCGGUAUUUUUUAACUUUACAUAAUUUUAGAGUUGUGCUGAUGUCAAGGUCAUAUUUUAAGUUACGAGUUCCAUGCGGCGGUCCCCCUUGCAGUGACCUCGUCAUCAGCCAGCUAAAUUAGCUUGUAAGUUCAGAUGGUUGACAGUAAUAACUGUUAUAUGAUAUACCCAUGGAAUAUGUUUGAUAUUUUUGUGAAUGGCUUGCUGUUUCAUAUGGCUAAAAAUAGGUAACGUUAACUUAGCUAAUCAGUUCGUUUGAAGGACACCACCGUUUGGCAUGAGCGCAGAUUGUGCUUGUCAUGCGGUUAGCUAGCUUGCAAUCAGUAUCGGUAACUGUCUUUCUUUGUGUUGCAAUAUUUUCACGAAUGAAGUUUGUCAGAAUGGUAAAUACGUAAAAUAGCGUUCGCUAACAACAAAACAUUUAUACAGAUAGUAUUGUUAGCUAACGUUAUUGUAUAGCUUCCCAGGCUUCCUUACACUAACGUUAACUGUUUUUUAUAAAGCUAUAUAUAACGGUAAUGUUAGCAUGCUUCUGAUAGUUAGCCAGCUAAUGUUGGUGUUAUAAAACGAUAACUUAGAUCACUGAUUUGCAUGACGGGUUUGUUUAACAUUGCUUAACCAUUUUAAUGGUUAGCUACUGUUCGAACUAAAAUGGCUAAUGAGCUAGCUAACUUUGACACAUAGCUAGUUAUUUGGUAGCUAAUGGGACAAUGUGCCUCUAAACUUGAACUAGCCUACACCCAUUUGCUGCAGAAAAUGGCAGCUUAACGUUAUAUUCAACCAGCACAACUUUGUCUACUUCAGCCUUUGUAAUUGCAGUGUAACGUCUAAGUAAUGCAUAGUGCAUUGCGUAGCUAGUACUACUGAGAUAAAUGGAUAGUUAGCUAACGCUUAGUUGAACCAGCACUAAAUGAUGAUUUUGAAUAUAUAUUUUCUUUGUUAACAGAGGCAAAAUGCUGUUGCGUGUUCAGCUCGGGGAAGAGCAGAAAUACGUCAAGCUGUCUGAGCUGACAUUCAAUGCUUUCUUGAAAGAAGUGUGUCUAAAAUUCAACAUACCAGAAAGCAGAAAGCCAGACAUUAAGGUGUAUGACCAGUCUGACACAGAAGUUGACUCAGAUGUUUUUGAAGAAUUAGUAAAGGAGUCACCUGGAACUUUCAGAAUCAUGCUGGGCAAUGGACUUGAUACCUCUCAUUCAUCAUCAUGCUCGGGUACAUCUGAUGACACCAUCAUUCUGAAUUUCACUGUGUGUGACGAUGUUGAAGAAGUAGCGGCUGGCGAAGGAAGCCAGCCUAAAAGGCCAUGCCACAUAAACUAUGAGGCAAAAGCACUGAUUGAAAAAAUCCUAACAUCAAAGCCUGGUGGUGAACGCAUUAUGCAAGAGUAUGGAAAAACCAAAUCUCUGACAGAUGCCACCAGAAGACAGAUGAUCAACAUACUUGCUGCUGAGAUGACAGAAACACAUGGGACAUCCCCCCAAAAGUUUGGUGGGCCAGGCCGUGAUCGUCAGCCCUUCACCUAUGACAGAGAGCCAUCUGAUGAGGAUGUGGAAGCAGCUAUUGCUGUUUUGAGACACUCUGCUGAUGAAAACACUGUCCGUGAGAAGAUGAAAAUGACCUUCAUAUAUCGGCAAGCAAUGGUCAACGAUGAAGCCAAAUCAUCAGAUGUCUUCUCGGUCUUCCCAAGAUUUCUGGACACACCAGGACUGGUAUGA